AUGGCCAUCACGAAACCCUGGAAGUUGCUGACGCAAGAUGCAUAUUCAGUCUCUUCCAAUGACAACGGGGGCAAGUCUGAUUCAGUGGCCAAUUUGCAACCUCAGCCAUCCCUCAACUCAAUCCAGAGUUCUCCUGGCCCCAAGCGCUCAACCAACACCCUGAAGAAAUGGUUGACUAGUCCUGUGCGCCGGCUGAACAGCGGGAAGACUGAGAGCAACAUCAAGAAACAAAAGAAGGUGCGAGAUGGCAGGAAGAGCUUUGACCUCGGCUCACCAAAGACCGGAGAUGAAACCACUCCUCAAGGAGACAGCGCAGAUGAGAAGAGCAAGAAGGGUUGGGGAGAAGAUGAACCAGAUGAAGAGUCUCACACACCUCUUCCUCCUCCUAUGAAGAUUUUUGACAAUGAUCCAGCCCAAGAUGAGAUGUCCUCUUCUUUGCUAGCUGCUCGACAGAGCUCCUCCGAUGUCCCAACUGCUGCGGACCUUGUCAGUGCAAUAGAAAAGUUGGUCAAAAGUAAGCUGACCCUUGAAGGAGGAUCGUACCGAGGAAGCUUAAAAGAUGCCACUGGCUGCUUAAAUGAAGGAAUGAUGCCUUCGACUCCCCCACGAAACCUUGAAGAGGAACAGAAAGCCAAAGCAAUGAGAGGCAGGAUGUUUGUCUUAAAUGAGCUGGUACAGACUGAAAAAGACUACGUCAAAGACUUGGGCACUGUUGUGGAGGGCUUCAUGAAAAGGAUUGAAGAAAAAGGAGUUUCUGAAGAUAUGAAAGGGAAAGACAAGAUUGUAUUUGGCAAUAUUCACCAGAUCUAUGACUGGCAUAAAGACUUUUUCCUGACUGAACUGGAAAAAUGUCUUCAAGAACCUGACCGUUUAGCACAGCUUUUUAUUAAGCAUGAGCGGCGAUUACACAUGUACGUGGUAUAUUGCCAAAACAAGCCACGAUCUGAAUAUAUAGUAGCUGAGUACGAGACAUACUUCGAGGAGGUUCAACAGGAAAUAAGCCAACGGCUAACCAUCAGUGACUUUCUGAUCAAACCCAUUCAAAGAAUAACUAAAUAUCAGCUUCUUCUCAAGGACUUCCUGAGGUACAGUGAAAAAGCUGGUCUGGAGUGCUCAGAUAUAGAGAAAGCAGUUGAAUUAAUGUGCCUUGUACCGAAACGUUGCAAUGAUAUGAUGAACCUGGGUCGCCUCCAAGGCUUUGAGGGCAAGCUGACAGCUCAAGGCAAGCUGCUGCAGCAGGACACCUUCUACGUGACAGAGCAGGAUUCUGGAGUUCAGUCUCGACCAAAGGAGCGUAGGGUGUUUCUCUUUGAGCAAAUAGUUAUCUUCAGCGAACUCCUUAGAAAAGGAUCUUUAACACCAGGCUACAUGUUCAAGAAAAGCAUAAAGAUGAACUACCUUAUCAUUGAAGAAAAUGUGGACAAUGAUCCCUGCAAGUUUGCUCUAAUGAGCCGGGAGACAUCAGAGAGAGUGAUUUUACAAGCAGCUAAUCCAGAAAUUCAGCAAGCUUGGGUACAGGACAUCAACCAGGUCCUGGACACACAAAGAGAUUUCCUAAAUG